GGAGGAGAUCGCGCACUUCUCCUGGAAGGUCGGCAUGAUGCUGCGCUCGAGAUACCAGGUCGCCGAGCUGCUGGGCGAUGGCACCUUCGGCCGGGUCUUGCUGGCCGACGACCUGAAGAAAAAUCGGAGAGUGGCUGUCAAGGUGAUCCGCAACGUCGAGAAGUACACGAAGAACGCGAAGAGGGAGGCAGAGAUCCUGAAGGACAUCCGCGCGGCGAUGACCGAGAAGGCGUCAGGCUGCGUGGUCAUGCACGAGACGUUCGUGCACACGGAGGGUGAGGAGCGCUUCUUCUGCAUGUCCUUCGAAGUGCUGGGUGGCUCCCUGUACGACUUCCUGAAGAAGAACCGGUUCCGAGGCUUCUGGGUCCAGGACAUCCAGGACAUUGCGCGCCAGUGCUUGCAGGCGCUGUCGUUCCUGCACGACGACCUGAAUCUCACUCACACCGACCUGAAGUUGGAGAACGUGCUGUUCCAGUCCGAGGAGCCCCCUCGGCCCUCGACGUUUCCCCGCGAGGCCGCCUGGAGGGACUCGCGCGCCAAGAGGCGGGACGCGCCGGUUGCGCCGUACGUCCGGCCAGCGAGCACGAAGAUUAAGCUGAUCGAUUUCGGAAACGCGACCUACGAGCUGGAGCACCACUCGACUAUAAUCAACACCCGGCAGUAUCGCGCCCCCGAGGUCAUCCUGGCGCUCGGCUGGGACGAGCGCUCGGACCUGUGGUCGACGGGCUGCAUCCUCAUGGAACUCUACACGGGAGAGCUGCUCUUUCGCACCCACGAGAGCCUGGAGCACCUGGCGCUCAUGGAGAGGGCCAUCGAGACCUUCCCAGGGCAGAUGCUCAGCCUUGCGGCGACGACGGCCAGGCAGGAGCAGUUCCUCGUGAUGGACCCCCCCGGCUCCGGUCGCUGGCGGCUGCACUGGCCGGAGCUGGCCAAGUCCCCCGCCUCCGACACGCACGUGAAGAGCCAGAGGAAGAUGAGCCAGCUGGUGGAGUCCCAGCACAGCUCCCUGGCGGACUUCUCGGCCUCCCUGCUGAUCCUGGAGCCGUCGCGCAGGCCGUCGGCCAAGGCGGCCCUCGCGCACCCGUUCCUCUUCGACUCCUUCGAUGAUUGAUGGCAGGCGGCGGUAAAAAACGAGCUGGGCGGCCUCCCCGCAUCCCCUCCACAUCUCUCCCGCAUAUCCUCCCUCGCCUCCCAUGCCCUUGGUUGCAACUCCUGGGAGGUGAAGUUCAGCAUCGG